GUAAAUUUAAGAUCAAUUGAUAUAAAACAUUAGUACGUACAUUUUUAAGCCCCUGCAAAAAGUAUUCUCUACUAUUUUAAAAUACUUUAAUACAUAUAUACAUUUUAAGACAAACAGUACAUACAUUUUGCAUUUAGGAUAAAAAAAACAACCUUAUUUGUCUGUAAAUCUCUUUUACCCAGAAUUCCUCAGGUGGCAGAGCUUUUGCUCGACCUUGGUUCAAAUUCUGCAACAAGAAAAUCUCCUGUUAUGGACCUUUUGCUAUUCAAUCUUUUAUCUGGUAAUUCCAAAUAUAACCACCAGCUUAGCCCUACUCUGUAUUGAUGUUAAGCCCAGCAGAAAGUGCGGGAGCUUUUCACAUGUUGAUGUCAGACAGAAUUUUUUUUUUUGCUGCAGGUGCAUCCUUUGCUACAAAUGAUGAAGCAGUCACUAAAGGAAUGCUGUUCAUGCAUUUAUGGCAGUAAAAUGUUCAUUUUCUUAUUUACAAAAUGAAUUGUUUAUUUGAAUCUUAUAAAAUAUACUUCUAAAAUUGUAUAAUCCAAUUAAUUGUUAGAAUAAGCAAUUAGUAAAAUAAUGGGUAGUCCCAGCCCCAAUAUUUUUGACACAAACAUUUAUGAAAAGGUUGAAAUAAAACAAAAAAAGGAGUUUAUUUUUGAAAAAAAAAAAAAGAAAUGCAAUAUUGAAAGUUUUUGUCAAGCAGUAACUAUAAAAAGCACAAUCAGAAACACUGCAACAACAUGAGGAGACUCCUCCGAUGGGUGUCAACAGCCCCCAUAACAGGCCCCGAAUGCAGCCAGAGUUAUCAGAUCGGUCUGGGCCGCAACGGCAAAGUUAGGUCAGAAUGACUCGGUACCAAACACAGAAGGAGAAGUAGUUGAUGAGAACACCAAACACAGGGAAGAGGAAGUUGAUGUUGACAUUUCGUUUUAGAUUUACUCUUUACUAUGAAAAACCAGAAUAACUAGAAUCCAACCAAUGGAAGUCUUGAAGAAGACUCUCUAAGCAGUCAGUCGGCAAUCCUCCACCAUGGGCGAGGACCAAAGCAGAGAUAAGAGAGAUAAAAUUAUUAAGAUUUACAGAAAUGAAUUCUACACUGCUGUUCUGGAUGAAGAUGUCAGAGGAAUAGAAGACAUGGUAAAGAAGUAUGGGAGUAACAGUCAGAUAGAGAUACAGGACGGUUCAUCAGGAGGAGUGUUCUGGAAGGGCUUUGCCAUCCUUCCCCUCCACCUGGCUGCUACGUACAGAAGAGUCCACAGCCUGCAGAGUUUGCUGUCAGCUGGAGCCGAAGCUCAAGUCAAGGACAAGCUGGGUCGGACGUCGCUACAUUUGGUCAUCAUCAACUGGCCGAUCACCACGACGACCCGGACAAAACCUUCCUCCAAGUUCUGGACCACUGUGGCGAGAGCAAGCAGGCAGGCUGAAGCCUGUUUACGGCUGCUCUGUGAGCACGGAGCUGACGUCAACGCGCAGGUGAGGUUUAACACGUCCUACCCAAGUUCUGAACAUGAAAAAAAUAAAUACAUAAACAAUGACAUUUUAAAAUAGAAUUUUGCAAAUGUCAAUUUGUUGUUUCUUACUAGAUGGAUGAUCAGAGUCAGCAGACGCCUCUCCAUCUGUCAGUGCGUUACAGAGCACUGUCUGCUGCGCGGCUGCUGAUCAGCUGCGGUGCCAACGUGAACGCAGUGGACAGCAG